GAGCCGGCGGCGGGGUCCGGGCUUGCCCGGGCGGGCUAUGAGCGUCUCACGGCUGACGAGAUGGAUGAGCAGAGGAGACAAAAUGUGGCCUAUCAGUAUCUUUGUCGCUUGGAGGAAGCCAAACGCUGGAUGGAAGCUUGUUUGAAUGAGGAGCUGGCCUCCCCUACGGAGCUGGAGGAGAGCUUACGGAACGGGGUCAUCCUGGCCAAGCUGGCCCACUGUUUUGCACCAGACCUCGUCCCUCUGAAAAAGAUCUAUGACUGCGAGCAGGCACGCUACAAGGCAACUGGACUUCAUUUUCGACACACGGAUAACAUCAACCAUUGGCGCGACGCCAUAACAUGCUUGGGGCUUCCUUCGAUCUUUCACCCGGAGACAACGGACAUCUACGACAAGAAGAACAUGCCCCGGGUGGUCUAUUGCAUUCAUGCUCUGAGUUUAUACUUGUUUAAGCUGGGACUGGCUCCGCAGAUCCAGGACUUAUACGGGAAAGUGAACUUUACAGAGGAGGAAAUUAACAACAUGAAGCGGGAGCUGGAGAAAUACGGCCUCCAGAUGCCAGCCUUCAGCAAGAUUGGCGGGCUUCUCGCCACCGAGCUCUCAGUGGACGAAGCGGCAGUCCACGCCGCCGUCCUUGCGAUCAACGAAGCCGUGGAGAGGGGGGUGGUGGAGCGGACCAUGGCGGCCCUGCGCAAUCCCAGCGCCAUGCUGCUCAACUUGCGCGAGAACCUGGCGGCUGUCUACCAAGAGCUGCUGUACCAGGUCAAACUGGAAAAAGCUGCUAAUGCCAGGAACCGGCACCUCCAGGAGAUCCCAGGAAGCGAGGAUAUUUACGACCGGUGUCUGACGCAGGCCGAGAUACAAGGGAAUAUCAACAAAGUCAACGUGCAUGGAGCGCUGGAAUAUGUGGACGAUGCUCUGGAGAUGCAGGAUCCCCUGGCCUUGUGCCGGGCCCUGCAGGAUCCUGUCCUGGCCCUGCGCAGUGUGCAGCAGGAGAAUGCAGCCUGGUACCUGGAUCAGCUGAGUGCAGACCGGGAGCAGAAAGCGCUGGUGAGAGGCUGGAGAGGGGAGGAAGCUUGCAGCGAUCAGACCGGGAGGGCCAACGAGAAGGGAGAUCGGGAACAGGCCAUGAGCCGGGCCGUGAGCCGCAUCAACGCUUCGAUCCGCCGGGGGGCGGCGGUGGAGACGGCGCGAGAACUGAGGAGCCCCGAGGCCCAGCUGCCCGAGGUGUUUCCCUUUGCCGCCCCGCUGUACCAACGGGAGCUGUCCCUGCUACAGCAACGGCAGCCGCAGGGUGAGUUGAUGCAGGAGGAGCUGUACGUUGCCGUGGAGAUGCUGUCAGCCGUGGCGCUGAUCAACCGGGCGCUGGAAGCUGGGGAUGUCUAUGGAGUCUGGAGUAGCCUGGUCAGCCCUGCCCUGGGCCUGUCCAGCCUUGAGGAUGCAAACGCGCAGCGCUAUUUUGAGGACUUGUUGAAACUGAAGUGCCAGGCUGGGGAAUCAGGGGCUGAGUUCUUGAGCUGGAACGACCUCCAGGCCUGCGUGGACGCCACCAACGCAUCGGCGCAAGAAGAAAGCGACAAGGUCCUCGCCAUCAGAUUGAUCAACGAGGCGCUAGCGCAGAACGACCCGGAGAAAACGCUGACUGCUCUGCUGCUGCCCUCUGCCGGGCUCUCGGCCGUGACACUCCCGGGAGCGAGGCGUUACCAUGACGUGCUGAGCGCCGCACUAAAGCAGAAAGCCCAGGUGACCCGAGAUGACGGAGCAGCUCUCUGGUGGGAGGAGAUCCAGCAAGGGGUUUCCAAGGCUAAUCGGGACACCGAGGCGGCUAGGAGAAUGGCUCUCGGCAUCGCGGCCAUCAACCAGGCCAUAAAGGAAGGGAAGCCGGCUCAGACGGUGCGCGUGCUGCGGAACCCGGACGUCUCUCUGUGCGGCGUGGUGGUGGAAUGCGCCGGGACGUACCAGGCCCAGCUGGCUGCUCUCCAGGCUGCCAGGAGGCAAGCAGGGAGCACCAAACACGGCUGGGUCCGACACCGCCUGGCAGACGGGAGCGAGUAUUACUUCAGCCUGCAGAGCUUCGAAGGCAGCUGGGAGCGGCCCCGUGACUGUGUCCUUAACUCCACCCACCUCAGCCGGGAGGAAAUCCAGUCGGCGAUCACAGGAGUGACUGCGGCCCAUGGCCGGGAGCGUCUCUGGGAAUCCAACACUGGGCUCGUUGUGAGGCUGCAGGCCCGCAUGAGAGGCUACCUUGUCCGCCAGGAAUUCGAGUCCCGCAGACAUCUGUGGCGGGAGCAAUUACCGGCUGCCAUCAAAAUCCAGUCAUGCUGGAGAGGGUACAGACAGCGCAGAGUGUACCAGCAAAGACUGUGGUACUUGCAACAAAAUACAGACGCGGUGAUAAAGCUCCAGGCAUACACAAGGAUGUGGCAAGCUCGGAAGAGGUACCAGGAACGGCUGCGCUACUUCAGGAAGCAUAUUAAUGCUGUAAUUAAAAUCCAGGCUUUUGUGAGAGCUAACAAGGCCCGUGGGAAUUACAGGAUGUUGGUCCACGCCAAGGACCCGCCACUGAGCAUCGUCCGGCGCUUCGCCCACCUGCUGGAGCAGAGCCAGCACGACUUCUGGGAGGAGUCGGAGCUGCUGAAGCUGCGGGAGGAGGUGGUGAAGAGGAUCCGCUCCAACCAGCAGCUGGAGAGCGACCUCAACCUUAUGGACAUCAAGAUCGGGCUUCUGGUGAAGAACAGGAUCACACUGCAGGAGGUGGUUUCCCACUGCAAGAAGCUGACGAAGAAGAACAAGGAGCAGUUGUCCAGCCUGAUGGCCCUCGACACCCAGCAGGGGAUCAGGUCGCUCAGCAAGGAGAAGCGCCAGCAGCUGGAGGCCUAUCAACACCUCUUCUACCUGCUGCAGACCCAUCCUGUGUAUCUGGCGAAGCUGAUUUUCCAGAUGCCCCAGAACAAGUCGACCAAGUUCAUGGAAUCAGUGGUUUUCGCCCUCUACAACUACGCGUCCAACCCCAGGGAGGCCUACCUGCUCCUUCAGCUCUUCCAAACCGCCCUGCGGGAGGAGAUCAGGUCCAAAGUGGACCAGCCUCGCGAUAUCCUAACGGGGAACCCCACGGUGAUCAGGCUGGUGGUGAGUUUUUACCGUAAUGCCCGUGGGCAGAACGCCUUGCGCCAGAUCCUGGGCAAGCCAGUGCAAGAAGUCCUGCAGGACAAAACCCUCAGUAUCCGCACCAACCCUCUGGACAUCUACAAGGCCUGGAUCAACCAGCUCGAGUCACAGAGCGGACAGAAAAGCAAGCUCCCAUAUGACGUCAGUCCGGAGCAGGCCCUGAGCCACCCCGAGAACGCCUUGCGCCAGAUCCUGGGCAAGCCAGUGCAAGAAGUCCUGCAGGACAAAACCCUCAGUAUCCGCACCAACCCUCUGGACAUCUACAAGGCCUGGAUCAACCAGCUCGAGUCACAGAGCGGACAGAAAAGCCUGGUGGUGACAGACAAGUUCCUCUCUGCCAUAAUUUCUUCCGUGGACCAAAUUCCCUACGGCAUGCGCUACAUGGCCAAAGUCCUAAAGACGUCCCUGGCCAAGAAAUUCCCAGAUGCCAGCGAGGAGGAGAUUUGCAAGAUUGUUGGGAACCUGCUCUAUUACCGGUUCAUGAACCCGGCCGUGGUGGCGCCGGACGGCUUCGAUAUCGUCGAUGUCUCUGCUGGGGUGGCCCUGCAUCCCGAGCACCGGCGCAACCUGGGCUCGCUGCAGCACGCAGCUGCCAAUAAGAUGUUCGAAGGGGAGAAUGGCCAUCUGCGGGUGGUGAACCAGUACUUGGAAGAAACCCACUCUAAGUUCAGGAAGUUCAUCUGCGCUGCCUGUUCCGUCCCCGAGCCGGAAGAGAGGUUUCAGGUGGACGAGUACUCGGAGAUGGUGGCUGUGGCCAAGCCAGUCAUCUACAUCACGGUGGCGGAGCUUCUCGACACCCACCAGCUGUUACUGGAGCACCAGGAGUGCAUCGCUCCUGACCACAAGGACCCCCUGCACGAGCUGUUGGAAGCUCUGGAUGAGCUGCCUACUGCCCAGUCUCUAAUAGGUGAGAGUGCACUAAAUCCCAGCGAGAUGGAGAUCUCGCUCACCCUCACCAACAAGUUCGAUGUGAUCGAGGCCAGCAGCGAGGAGGCAGAUACCAAGAGAUUGCUGCUGAGCACCAAACAGAUGCUAGUGGAUGUGAUCCAGUCCCAGCCAGGGGAUUCCCUCUUGGAGAUCUUACGGACAGCUGUAUCAGAGGAUCAGGAAGCCUUCCAUCACCACCGGAUGCAUGAACGGGCCCUGUGCGAGGCCCAGACCCCCGACAGGCUGAAACGCAACCGCUCCCUGGCUGGCAACAGCCAGCUCUCCCUAGAAGAGAAGAAGCGGAAGGUGCUGCGGAACCUGCGGCGCCUGGAGAGCCUGGGGGUGGUGCACGUGGCCAAUCAGUAUCAGGAGAUCGUCAAUGAGAUGGCCAAGGAUAUUCGCCAUCAGAGGCGCUACCGGCAGCACCGCAAGGGGGAGCUGGUAAAACUGAGGCAGACCCUCAGCAGCCUCAACGGCAAGACCUUGUUUUAUGAGGAGCAAAUCGAUUAUUACAAUCAGUACAUCCGGACGUGUCUGGACAACCUGGCAGCCAACAGCAAGCUCAACGGAAAAAGCAGGAAGCAGCACUCGCUGCAUUACACGGCGGCACGGCUCUUUGAGAAGGGCGUCUUGCUGGAGAUAGAAGACUUGCCCGUCAGCCAGUUCCGGAACGUGAUUUUCGAUAUCGUUCCGUGUGAGGAAGCCGGCAAGUUCCAGGUGACGGCCAGAUUUAUGGGGAUCGACAUGGAGAAGUUCCAGCUUCACUAUCAGGACCUGCUGCAGCUGCAGUACGAAGGCGUGGCCGUCAUGAAGAUGUUCAACAAGGCCAAAAUCAACGUCAACCUCCUCCUCUUCCUCCUCAACAAGAAGUUCUUCAGGAAAUAGCAGGCGAUGGGGAGAGAGGAUCUAGGAUGGAUUUGGGGGAAGGGGAGGCAGCUGAUGCCAAAGAGAUUUCAGGGACAGAAUCCAGCUUCUGUACGGUACCUUGCUAAGGAGAAAACCCUGCAGCCACCGAACCCUCGCGGUUCACCCUCCAGCCCAGAACAGGCCCCCUUCAGCUCUUCUACUUCAAGCUACAUCUUGUUGGCUUGUGGGUUAACACUAGGUCCUGGCACGCACGCAGGGGUGGGGAGAAGCUUGCGCUUCCCCUCUUGCGGGGUUGGCACGCUUGGUAGAACACCCCUUCUGGUUGCCCUUUAGUUGCAACAGCUCUUGGUAGUGCCCUAGAAAGACAGGGGUGCAGGUCUCCUCUUGUAUCGCUCCCUCUGCAGCUGGGGGUGUGGCUUGGGGGCUUACAACUCAUCUACAGCCCCUCUGUGCUAAACAAGGGUCUGAUUCCUCAUGUUGCUGCUUUGACUAGAUAGGAAACACUAUUACUCUGAGGUGCCGCCCACUUCCUGGGAGCAAGGUGACGAUUUAUUCUGCUAUUUUAACGAGGCAGCAUGUUGCUGAGCUCUGGCUUAUCCCUUCAUGGCUCCACGGGUACCUUCUUGGACAUUUUUUUUUUUUUUUGACCCCUGACGUGGAUGGAA